UUCUCUUCCCCAUAGUGAUAACAUUCUACUUCACCUGGUGGUUCAUUCAUUUUGUUGAUGGAUUCUUCUGUCCAAUCUAUGCACAAUUGGGUAUCAACAUUUUUGGUCUUGGCUUCAUCACUUCUGUUACUUUCAUAUUUUUCGUUGGGGUCUUCAUGUCAUAUUGGGUUGGAACAUCUGUUCUUGGCAUUGGUGAAUGGAUCCUCAAGCGCAUGCCACUUGUGCGCCACAUCUACAAUGCAUCCAAGCAAAUUAGUGCUGCUAUAUCGCCAGAUCAAAACAAACAGGCAUUGAAGGAGGCAGUCAUCAUACGACAUCCUCGUAUUGGGGAAUAUGCAUUUGGAUUCAUUACCUCAUCAGUCUCGCUCCAGAGCUAUUCUGGUCAAGAGGACCUUUACUGUGUCUAUGUGCCGACCAACCAUCUCUACAUUGGUGAUAUCUUCAUGUUGAACUCGAAGGAUGUGAUAAGGCCUAAUCUUUCUGUGCGUGAAGGCAUUGAGAUCGUUGUGUCUGGUGGUAUGUCAAUGCCCCAGAUUUUGUCGACCCUGGAUCCACAUCCAGAUCUGCGUGCAAUCCACACAGACCGAGGUGGAGCGAGCAGAAGCUGAGGCAAACUACCUGCAUACAUGUUCGUCGAUAUCAAGUGUAAAAGUCUCAACACAGAUCACACCAGUGCGGCGAACAAGAUCCUGAGCGCGAUGCACUAGCAAUCUGUCACGCCUGAGGAUCAAAGGAUCUUGUAAUUAAGUAGAAGUAGGUAACUCACACGCGUUGUCGAUCCGAUGGAUUUUGUACAAUUGGCUUGGACUUUGUCUUUGUAAUGCCGCCCCAGAUGCUUCCUAGCCAUACUUAUAUUUUCUUAUGGUUGUUCAA